GCUCGAUCGGUAAACCGGACUGCAAAUCUAUCAACGUGAAAGAAGUUAGUUUGGAGGUUAUAUAUUAAAUUGUUAUUGAUAUUCAAAAUGUCGAAGGCAGGGAGAAUGAAAACAAUUAAAAAAAUAAUGGAGAAAGUAGAUCAUUCUUCUAAAUUACGUACGGAUAUACCUGCAGGAAUGGCGAAGCCAAGCCCACCAUUAGGUCCUAUGCUUGGACAGAGAAAUAUCAAUAUUCCUAAUUUCUGUAAAGAUUUUAAUGAAAAGACGCAGCAUAUCAAAGAAGGAAUUCCAUUACCGUGUAGAAUCAGUGUAAAUGCUGAUAGAAGUUACAAUCUAGUCAUACAUAAACCACCAACCACUUAUUUUUUAAAACAAGCAGCUGGAAUACAAAUAGCAAAAAUGAAGAAAGGCGAAGUAGCAGGCAAGAUAACUCUAAAACAUUUGUACGAAAUUGCGAAAAUAAAAUCGGAAGAUCCCCCGUUAGCGUUAAUGUCUUUAGAACAAAUUUGUAUAAUGCUAGUCGGAAUAGCUAGGACUUGUGGCAUCGAGAUAGUACGAGAACUAGAUCCACAAGAAUAUGCAGAAUUUUUGGAAGAAAGAGAACUGAAGAUUAUAGAACGUAACAAAGAUCUCCAACUGGCUAAAGAAAUUAAAUUGCUUAGAACAGUAUAAAAAAUAUUGUUCUGCAGAAGAGUAAAUAUAAACAUUUAUAUAUAAUGAAACAUUAUAUGUUCGCAUUAUAUUUCGUUAUCCUGUAACAGUUUCAUCGUAUACAUAAAGCAUUAACUGUACAUUACAGUUUUUUUAUGUAACAAAACAGUUAUAACAAGUAGUAGAAAAUUUGACUGAGUAAUAAUGAACGAUUACUUCGUUUCAGUAGAAAAAAAAAACAAAAAGAAAUAAAAUAAAACAAAUAAAAUAUAUGAUAAUCUUUAUAUUGCAAA